AUGUCUCUUCCUCUUGCCAACAGCACACCGAACGGCAGUAUUCUCAACCUACCCGACGAGCUACUUCUUCUGAUAGCUAAACAUCUCUUACUCGAACCUCGCUUUAACCAAUGCGCCUACUGGUAUUUGUUACCUCUCGCCACCGUGAAUACUCGCUUUCCCAGAAUCGUGCGAAGUAUUUUGCAGGAGCAAAAGGCGCUCUACGUUCCGCUUCCGAACGUACAUGCCUUGUUUCGAACGCUCCGAGAGUUCCCAGCCGCACAGUGGGCCGAUAAGAUCGAGUCUCUCGAGAUCACGAACUACCCCUGUCAUGAAGCUUCUUGGGAGCACUAUGUUGGCGAUAAUGAUAGGUGCAUGCGGAUGCCUGAGAGAAACCAACGUGAACGCCUUAUUCAGCACUUGGUUUACACUGGAGAGAUGACACGUGAAGAUGGACGAGACUACUCGAAGAUGCCGGCCAGACAAUUCAGUAUCGAGACCGAUACCUCCUUCCGAACGGACUGUCUUGAUGCUAUCAGAGAGGCCGACGGCGUUAGCAAUAACAAUAAAUGGGUAUGGAAAGACGCGCUACGAGCAGGUCACAACAACGCAUUUCUCGCCUUGCUCCUGCUGAUACUACCAAACCUCAAAGCGCUGCUGCUCGGCGGUAGCCACACAUUCCACUUUCCGAUGCUCUUCGGGGAUGCAGAUCCACGGCAAGGACCAAUGAGCCCAAAGGUUAAUGACAGAAUACAUUGGAGUGGCGACCCUUCAACGCGGCUAUUGAGGGAACACAAGUAUCUGGCUCAAGUGUUCCAUAAGAGCUACUCGAGGCUUACUGAGCUGGAGUUGCCAGCCUCAUGGCAUGGUAUUGUGUACCGCGAGACGUUGCGGCUCUCACCGAGAUUUCUCAGUUUCGACAACUUACAGAAGUUGAUACUCCCUGAAGUUGCGCUACCGACAGAUUGUAUCGUACGUACCAAUGGCCUGGUAUACUCAUCUUUUCCAAAAUCGCUGAGAUCGCUGACGACCGUUCACUCCGGACGGUUUGCAAUGGACUAUGUGCGAGAAAUGAUAUAUGAUCCGGCCACUGAUCUUGCCACGCAUCUUCCAAAGCUACGCGCUAUCAGUGUCUAUUGGGAUACUUACAAUACCGAAGAGAGGUACGGAUUUGAUCCUGAAGACUAUGCGCGAGCGACGGAACUCGGAAUUGAGUUGUUCGGACACGCCCCACAGUAUGAAUGGACAGCUGUAGCCGUGGGAGGCCAACCAUGGAAAUUAAGUGAGAAUGAGCUCGACGACAUGGCAGGUCUGUCUCUACGGGAUAGAACUGUUCGCCGAAGAAUAGCGGGACACUGGAUUGGGGAGAAGCAAGCAAAAGACUACUCAUUUAGUAGUGCAAAGAUGCAUUUCAGGAAACUCCGGGGUUAG